AUGCGGCCCACCGAGCCCUGGAGCCCCAGCCCGGGGACGGCGUCCUGGGACUACUCAGGGUCGGGCGCCCCGGAGGAGCUGGAGCUGGAGCAGGAGCUGUGCGAGGCCCGGGACCUGCCCUACGGCUACGCUUACAUCCCCGCGCUCUACCUGGCGGCCUUCGCCGUGGGCCUGCCGGGCAACGCCUUCGUGCUGUGGCUGCUGGUCGGGCGGCGCGGCCCACGGCGGCUCGUGGACACCUUCGUGCAGCACCUGGCGGCCGCCGACCUGGGCUUCGUGCUCACGCUGCCGCUGUGGGCCGCGGCGGCGGCGCGGGGCGGCCUCUGGCCCUUCGGCGAGGGCCUGUGCAAGCUCAGCAGCUUCGCCAUGGCCGGAACGCGCUGCGCGGGCGCCCUGCUGCUCGCCGGCCUCAGCGUGGACCGCUACCUGGCCGUGGGCCGCCCGCUGGCCGCGCGCGCCCGCCGCACCCGGCGCUGCGCGGUGGCCGCGUGCGGGGGCGUGUGGGCCGCGGCGCUGGCGGCCGGCCUGCCCUCGCUGGCCUUCCGCCGCCUGCGGCCGCUCCCCGGGGGCCGCGGCAGCCAGUGCGCCGAGGAGCCGUCCGACGCCUUCCAGGGCCUGAGCCUGCUGCUGCUGCUGCUGACGCUGGCGCUGCCCCUGGCCGUCACCGUCGUCUGCUACUGCCGCGUGUCGCGCCGCCUGCGCGGGCCGGCGCACCUGGGCCGCGCCCGGAGCCGCUCGCUGCGCAUCAUCUUCGCCGUCGAGGGCGCCUUCGUGGGCUCCUGGCUGCCCUUCUGCGCGCUGCGCGCCGUCUUCCACCUGGCGAGCCUGCGCGCGCUGCCGCUGCCCUGCCGCCUGCUGCUGGCGCUGCGCUGGGGCCUCUCGGUCGCCACCUGCCUGGCCUUCGUCAACAGCUGCGCCAACCCGCUCAUCUACCUGCUGCUCGACCGCUCGUUCCGCGCGCAGCUGCGGCGGCGCGGGGCCUGCUGGCGCUCGGAGCGCGCGGCGCGCGGGGGCAGCUCGGCGUCCUCGCUCUCCCAGGACUACGGCUCCCCGUUCCGGAGCCCGGCCCGCACUGCGGGCCGAGCCCAGACGACGAACGCCUCCUCGGCCGUGGGCCCAUAG